AAUUACAGAUUUACUAAUCUGCAUUGAUACUUCAUAGGAAAACCCCAAACAACAGAUGAAGCAAGAGGCUAACAAUGGCUCACUCAAAGACUCUUUUAGUGCUAGAAAACUUUAUAGCUGGUAAAUUUGUUCCUUGUUCCUCCUACAUAGACUCCUAUAAUCCAUCUACUGGAGAUGUCUAUUGCAGGGUGCCAGACAGUGGCAAAGAAGAGGUGGAAGCUGCUGUCAAAGCUGCCAAAGCUGCCUUCCCAAUUUGGUCCUCAAAAAGCCCAUUGGAAAGAUCUCAGAUCCUGAACAAACUGGCAGACCUGGUUGAACAUGACCUGGAAGCAUUUGCACAAGCAGAGUCAAAGGAUCAGGGGAAAACUAUUACAUUUGCUAGAACAGUGGACAUCCCUCGGGCUGUGUACAACUUCCGAUUCUUUGCCUCUUCCAUCCUUCAUCACACGACGGAGUGCACUGAGGUGCCAACCAUGGGCUGUGUGCAUUACACCUCGAGGACACCCGUGGGAGUUGCAGGUUUAAUCAGUCCCUGGAAUUUGCCACUAUAUUUGUUAACCUGGAAGAUAGCUCCUGCCAUUGCAUGUGGAAAUACUGUGGUUGCCAAGCCAAGUGAGAUGACAUCAGUCACAGCUUGGAUGAUGUGCAAACUUUUGGAGAAAGCAGGAAUACCCCCUGGGGUGGUGAAUGUGGUGUUUGGAACAGGCUCCAAGGCGGGAGAAGCCCUCGUCUGCCAUGCCGACGUGCCCCUGAUCUCCUUCACUGGCAGCACCCUGACAGCCCAGCGCAUCACUGAGAAAAGUGCUCCUCACUGCAAAAAGCUUUCCCUGGAACUGGGUGGCAAAAACCCUGCCAUCAUCUUUGAUGAUGCUGACUUGACCCAGUGCAUCCCCACCACCCUCAGGUCCAGCUUUGCCAACCAGGGUGAGAUCUGCCUCUGCACCUCCAGGAUCUUUGUUCAGAGGGGCAUAUACAAUGAGUUUUUGAAGAGGUUUGUGGCAGAAGCUAAGAAGUGGAAGGUUGGGGACCCAUCAGAUCCUACAGUCAAUGUGGGAGCUCUAAUAAGUAAAGAGCAUCUAGAAAAGGUAAAGAACUAUGUGAAGGAAGCCCAAGCCGAAGGAGCCAGAGUCCUCUGUGGAGAGGGAGUGGAUUCCUUGGCUCUCCCAGCUGGCAACCAGAAAGGCUAUUUCAUGUUGCCCACAGUUAUUGCCGAAAUCAAGGAUGAAUCUUGUUGCAUGCAAGAAGAGAUCUUUGGUCCUGUGACAUGUGUGGUAGCAUUUGAUACAGAAGAAGAAGUGAUAGAAAGAGCCAAUGGUGUGAAAUAUGGCUUGGCAGCCACUGUGUGGUCCAGCAACGUGGGACGUGUUCAUCGAGUGGCACGAAGGCUACAGUGUGGGUUGGUGUGGAGCAACUGCUGGCUUGUUAGAGAUCUGAACCUACCAUUUGGUGGGAUGAAAGCCUCAGGCAUAGGAAGGGAGGGAGCAAAGGAUUCCUACGAGUUCUUCACUGAAGUAAAAACCAUCACAAUAAAGCACUGACAUAUGCAAUGGAACUAUUUUAGAGUAAGUUAAAUUACAUGAAUCUGUGUUCCCGUUGGCUUUCUGGAACAUAGGAUGCUGUUGUGGUUGUCUUUUUCUUGAAUUUUCAUCAAGUAAUAUCUAUAACAGUUGAAAACAGUCAUCCUAGAUGCUAAUGUUGAAUUCAGCCUUUCAUGUUAAGUGAUAAGAUCAGGGUGGACUCCACAAGUGGCCCAGCCCAAGCCAGAUGAUUUGCUUAUCUUAUGGAUCCUAAAGUGUUUUGAGUAUUCCUGCCUCAAAAAUCUCUACCUCUAAGGCAGAGUGGAGAAGGGACAGGAUAUGUCACUGUGCCUGUGCUUGGUGAAUUACCUUGAGGGACAAAAUGGCCAGCACAUCGUGAGGCUGAUACUGCAAUGGGAAUCAGCCCAUUUCCACUACAAGCAGAAUGUUCCACAUACUGAUCCAUACUGCACUUCACUGAUAUCAGGCAAGGACUAAUGCUACAGCACACUAAAUGCCUAUGGCAGUACUUUUAAUCUAUGGGGUCAUGAAAUUCUCAUGGUACACAGAGGCAAUAAGUGUUUUAAUUAUAACCUGUUUUGUGAUGUGUACGUGAAUCAUCUAAGACAUGUUCUCUGUUUUGA